UCUUAAUACACGCCAAGGACAACUGAACUUAGCGAAAAGCAUACCCAAAGACUCAAUAUUGCAUAUGAAAAGCGUCUAUUUGCACAGGAAGGGGUGGUUGCGAGAAGCAUCAUGUUGGAGAUCGUCGGAUGUGCCAAGCACCUCACAAGAAAAUUUUCACGCCUUACCCCAGACAAGCUGCAGGCAGCACCACUCUCCACACUUACCCUUCUAACACCCAGAUAUCCUAGAUCGGCUAUUAGAAUCAUAGAAUAACGCUAUUUUCCUCCAUAAUAUAUACGCUUCAAGGCCCCCAAUCAAGCAAGGCCAGACAGCCAUCUUUGCAACGAUGGCCACAGACACAAAGCCCCUCCGCUUCGCCGAUGUAGCGGUAACCUACACGGCCGACCAGUUCCAAGGCAUCUACCGCGGCAAACAAUACCACCCCUGCGACUUCGGGGAGGUCAUCCAGAGGGCCAAAGCCUACAACUGCGAAAAAAUGAUGUUGACCACCAUGAACCUAGAAGGUUUCCACCGCAACCUGGAACUCGUCCGUCAACAUCCAGAAACAUGCACUCUCACACUAGGCGUGCACCCGUACCAUGCAGGAGAGAUCUACGCCUCCACCAAGGAAUCAUCCUAUCUCUCCCAGAUCCGCGAACUAGGCCAAUCCCUCCUCCGCGAGGAGAAUUCCCCGCUCGUAGCAUUCGGCGAAAUCGGUCUGGACUACGAGUAUCUCGACCGCGCCGACAAGGAGACGCAGGCUCGAGCAUUCAAGGAUCAACUCGAUCUAGCAGUGGAAUUCCAGCUUCCGCUGUUCCUGCAUGUUCGGGAAUCCUGUGCCGAUUUCAUCGAGAUUAUUCGUCCGUAUCUACCCCGGCUACCCAAGGGCGGACUGGUUCAUUCCUUCACUGGCUCUGUGAGCGAGAUGCGGCAAUUGACCGAUGAGCUGGGACUAGAUGUCAGUGUGAAUGGGGUAUGUUUCCGGACGGAGGAGCAAUUGGAGAUGGUGAAGGCGAUUCCUCUGGAGAAGUUGCAAUUGGAGACGGAUGCGCCGUGGUGUGAGGUAUUGAGUGGGGAUGAGAAGAUCGCCCGGUUUCUAGAGAAGGCGAGGGAAAUGCCACCGGUUCGGAAACAUAAUAAGUUUAUUUUGGGCCAGAUGGUGAAGAAUAGAAAUGAGAGCUGUUUUAUGGAGAGGGUGGCGAUGGUGGUUGCGGGGGUGAAAGGGAUUUCGGUGCAAGAGGUGGCGGAUGCAGCGUGGGAGAAUAGUGUCAGGAUGUUUGGGUUGGGAGUACGGCAGUAGAUUAUAUACAACUGCAGAGAGAUGUAUUCUGUACAUAUAACAGAUGUGUAUAUACUAGACAGGCACAACAGUAUAC